AUGGGUCAGCUUCAGCAAGAGCCGGCGCUCAGCCGACUCGAGGUUCGAUGGAAUGGAGGUCUCAUUGCCGCGUCCAUUGCAGUGUCCCUCUUAGGCGCCUUCACUUCCACUCAGAUGAUGUGUCAAGCACGAACUUCGCGCUACUUCUCAGGCGUCCUGGUUUGGACUAUCCUGGGAAGUUUGACCUUCGGUUUCUGUUCUAUUUGGUGUCUUCACUUCAUCGCGAUGUUGGCCUGCGAGCUUCCGCUUCCCAUCGGCUUGAACGCUCCUUUGACGGUUCUUAGCGCGGCACUGGCGGUCAUAUUCACCUUCCUGGCCCUGGCUGCGGACCCUAUGCGCGAUCGUUAUCUGCGGCUGGUCAAGAAGGGCAAAGCGAUGGCUCUCAGACGGGAAAGAAGAAAGGAAGCAGCAAGGCAGGAUCUCAAUGACAGCUCAGAUGCUCUCCUCGGAGCACGGGUCUCGGGCGAAGGUGAAGAGGCGCAAGUCAUUGCGCAGGAGCAUUCUAACGGGUCUGCCGACCGCAGUCCUGCCAGUCGUGACAGCGGUGCAAGUGUGACUCUAGGGCGCUUGGAGGAUCAUUUCACUAGUGGAGGGCCUGCUACCAGCACCGCCAUCGGAUCCUCUGGGCCGCCUCAACGUCACCAACUGCCAAGUGAAGCCGGCCGAAAAGCUUUUUCCGCGCAAAAUGAGUCCUCUCUGGGGGAGGGUUCUCCUCGAGACACUGAAAGUUACCAAAGAAGCUCGCAAAGGAGCUCGCAAUGGAGCUCAGAGGAAGAGGAGCGUUCUCGACGGUCCUCUACGACAAAUCAUUCGGACAGUAGUAGCCUCGGCCUUCCUGGCUUCAUGAGCUUCAGGUUUUCCAAGAGUACCACUACCACCACAGCGAAUGUCAUCCUCGGGAUCGGCGAGCUGUUAUACCAUGGAGCAACUCUGACCAACUUUUGCAAGGGCUUCAUAUGGAGCUUGGCAAUUACCACUAUGCACUAUGUUGGUCUCUUGGCCCUGGAGAUUCCUAGAGGACACGUUACGCUUCAACCAUUCCUCGUCCUCCUCUCGGCAUUGUGCGCAUGGCUGGUCUGCACUUUAGGAUGUAUCCUGAUGCCCCAGAUUGAGGUCAAUCUAUCCCAGCAGCUCAUCUUCUCGGUGGUAGCGGCAGCAGGGGUUGCCGCCAUGCAUUUUACGGGAAUGUGGGCGACCACCUUUUGGUCCCAGGCCUCUCCAACUGCGGAACGUGGAUAUCCUCCAGAUCUGGCUGUUGCCGUCACCAGCAUCGCCAUUCUAACCUGCUUGCUUGCAAACGGUCUUCUCGCGCACUCAGCGACGGUGGCUCGGAAUAAGCUGGCUGAAAUCGUCCACACUCGAAGAAAACUCUGGGCCGCUAUCGCUCAAAAAGAAAAUGCGGAAGCAGCUGCGGCGGUAAGGAGUGAAUUUAUAGCGAGCGCCAGUCACGAAAUCCGGACGCCCUUGCAUCAACUACAAGGUUACAGUGACUUACUGUCGCGCAUGGAACUGAGUGAAGACGCUCGUCUGCUCCUCCUCGCCAUACAGCAAGCUACGAGAUCGCUCUCUAUGAUCACGGCCAACGUCCUUGACUGGUCUCGAUUGGAGAAAGGAGAAGCUGUCUGUCGACCAACGAGCCUUGACCUCCGAAAGGUGUGUGAGUCGAUCCUGGCGAUUUUGCCCAACAAGGAAGAGGAUAUUGGUACGGAAUUGAUGAUUGUCGUGGCACCCCAGGUACCAUCCUCACUUUUCCUGGAUGAGACUUAUCUACAACGGAUCCUGAUGAAUUUACUUACAAACGCUCUAAAAUUUACGCAAUCUGGAUACGUUCUUCUACUGGUGGAAAUCACGGACAUGGACUUGGCCAUCACUGUUAGAGAUUCUGGAUUUGGAAUACCGGAGUCAUUUUUGCCACAUCUUUUUGAACCAUUCAAGCAGGCACAAACGCGAGGCGCUGAGCGAGGGACUGGUCUCGGGUUGGCUAUCAUCAGACAACUAUUACAGAAAAUGGAAGGCACAAUUGCAGUGGAGAGCAAGUCCCACCAGGCGGAGAAUGUGGGAGCCGAAAACUGCGGCAGCAUCUUCACCGUCACCAUUCCCAUCGAUCCCUCGGGUGAUGUACCGGACGGUUUGAACUCUCUUGCUACCAAUCGGCGGAUUGCGUUGCUGCUAGACUGCAAUCCUCGAUUUGCGGAAGGACUCCAACUAGCUUGGGGAGCUUUUGACUUCGAGUUGAUCCGAGCAGAUCCAGAUGAUGAAAUAUCAGACUCUUUCGGGUAUGUCUGGACAGACCUGAUGUUUUUGACCAAAAACCCAAAGCUCCUAGGGCGAAUACUUGCCCUUCGACACCAACUUGUCAUCUUGUCAUACGACUCCCAAACAUUGCUUGACGAGUCGUUAGGCUCUGUCCCCCCGCCGCAUGUCAUACCGGUCAAAAGACCAUUCGUGUGGCAUCGCAUGGUCGAGAGUAUAGUUUCGGCGGCUCGCACUGGUAGAUCAUCGGUAGAUCGAUCUGUCAGAUUUGCCCCUGUGGUCGACGUGGUGGAUGACAACCAGAACUCGCGGCCAACGCACGAGACCAAGACGCUGAGGGGCGCGACAGUGCUAUUGGUGGAAGACAACAAAAUCAAUCAGAAGCUCGGGGUGAAGAUGUUGAAUACGCUCGGCUACAGUGUGAUCGUGGCAGACGAUGGUCAAGAAGCCAUUGACAAGCUUGUCGAGCACGACAAUGACAUCGAUAUCAUCCUGAUGGACCAAUCGAUGCCGCGCAUGGAUGGCAUAACGGCCACAAAGAGAAUUCGAGAGAUGGAGAGGGAGGCACUAAUGGGACCCCUUACUCGCACAAGGCGGCCCAUCAUUAUGGUCACAGCGGUAGUUGGUCCGGAUGCCCAAGCCCUUUGCAUGUCGGCAGGGACAGACGCAUUCCUUCCGAAGCCGCUGGCAAUGUCGAAGCUCGAGCACACGUUAAAGAAGUUUCUUGGCUGA